AUGAAACUCAAGGGGUCAGCCGAGUGUGAGCAAAGAAAGAAGGAGAGCCGAAAGACAAGGACACCGGUCAUCGUGCUCGUGGCCGUGGUGCUGAUCGCUGCUAUGGCGCCGUGCUGUCUGGCAUGUCGCGGAAAGAACCUGAUGCGAACGGGAGUAUCAUGCCAGGACAGAAGGACAAUCCUCGAUGAGCACAAUCGCCUUCGGCAACUCGUCGCUUUGGGUCAAAUUCGGGGACAACCGUCCGCGAAGAUGAUGAUGGAGAUGGUCUGGGACGACGAGUUGGCUGCGAGAGCGCAACAGUGGGCCUCCAUCUGUGCCGAGGACCACGACCAUUCCCGUAAUGUCAGACGAUUCCAAGUGGGCCAAAAUUUAGCUCGUACCUGGACGACCCGUACACCGGCCAACUAUUAUGACACCGAGCCGGAGUGGAGGGUUAAGAUCCAGGACUGGUUCAACGAGGUGCAGUACUACAGGGCAGGCUUCAGUCCCAUUACUGCUCAUUACACGCAGGUUGUCUGGGGUGAUACGUUCUUGGUUGGGUGUGGCUACUCGUACUACUACGAUCCCCGAAAUGGUUACACGAAGAAUUACGUUUGCAAUUACGGACCGAGUGGUAACAUCCUCGGUAACGAGCCCUACUCGUUCGGCUGGCCAGAAUGCAACCAAUACGGUGUCAGCUACUCCAACAAGUAUUCCGGCUUGUGCGAAUCGCGAAACUCGUACUAUCCUCUUGGUUAUUAUUGUUCUUACGGCUAA